AUGGGAGUGGUAACCCGUGUAUAGGUCCCUCCGAUUUCUGCCUUCCAGAGAAGCAUGCCAGAAGGUCGCUUGGCCAAUGAUUCUCUUGCAGCACGCCGGCCCUCCUCUUCCUCCUCCUCCUCCUGAGAAGUUGCCACCUCCUCCUAUGUCAGUGGCCGCCAGGCCCGCAGCCAACUUGCUACUGCCCCCACAGAAGCCCCUUGGCCUGGGGCCGUCUUUGCCACUCGCCCAGGAUGAAGAGAUUGCGACGGCCGGGGAGCAGGACCCAGUCCUGGAUGAACUGUGCAAACCUCUGUGCUGCAGACUUUGUAACGUCACCUUGAAUUCGGCCCAGCAAGCCCAGGCUCAUUACCAGGGUAAAAACCAUAGCAAGAAACUUCGAAAUUACUAUGCUGCAAAUAGCUGUCCGGCCCCUGCCAGAAUGAAUAGUUCACUUGAGCCAGCAGCACAUCCAGUGGCUUCCCUUCCACCCCAGGGGGCCUCCUCCAAACCGGGCGGCCGGGUGAUCCUGGCCACCGAAAACGACUACUGUAAACUGUGCGACGCUUCGUUCAGCUCCCCGGCCGUGGCCCAGGCUCACUACCAAGGGAAGAAUCACGCUAAGAGGCUGCGCCUGGCCGAAGCUCAGAACAAUUCAUUCUCGGAUUCGUCGGAAGGGAGCAAACGGAGGGCGAGGAAGGAAGGGAACGAGUAUAAGAUGAUGCAGAGCCGAAGGAACGUGCACGCUGUCCAGAAUAACACAGGACCUUAUUUCAACCCGCGCUCCCGCCAGCGGAUCCCCCGCGACCUCGCCAUGUGCGUCACCCCAAGCGGCCAGUUCUACUGCUCCAUGUGCAAUGCCGGCGCCAGCGAGGAGGCGGAGUUCCGGCAGCACCUGGAGAGCAAGCAGCACAAGAGUAAAGUCUCCGAGCAGCGGUACAAGAACGAGAUGGAGAACCUGGGCUAUGUACAAUGAGACACAAUUCCUGCUCGCC